AUGUUUACUGAUGAAUCCAAUGUAAUUUGCAUUGAAAAUGAAGAAAAUAUAGAAGAAAGUGGAGUGAAAUAUGUUAAUAAACUCGCCGCAUACCAAAGUUUUUCCAAAAAUGUGUACCAUUCGUCUUCACAAGAAGUAACUGAUUCUGAAAAGGGUGAUGCCGGUAUAAUUGGCCAUGAGCGGUCUCGUAUAUCACGGUCGCAGUUGCCAUGCAACUCAGAUGAGAUGGUUCAAAGAAAGGAGCGGAAAAAAUGUGGAAAAGCUCACACAGUACCUUUUAUUUUAGACGAGUUUUUUGGUGUGUAUUGUCUGUUGAGUCGAAGUUCGAACAGAUAUUUCAAGAAUCGUUGCUACAUUGGUUAUACUAUUGACCCUAAUCGACGUAUACGGCAGCAUAAUGCUGGGAAAGAAUUUGGGGGAGCCAAAAAAACGGAUCAAAGAGGUCCGUGGGAUAUGGUUUGCAUCAUACAUGGUUUCCCAAACAGUGUGUCCGCACUGCGAUUCGAAUGGGCUUGGCAAAAUCCAGAGAAGUCACGAAGACUGCGGUCAUUGAAUUUAAAGAAGAAAGCGAAUGAAACUGCUCUCGGAUUUCGUUUGCGUAUUGUUUGUCAUAUGUUGAAUAGCGAUCCGUGGCAGCGCCUCUCACUUACAUUCCGGUGGUUAUUACCUGAACUGGAAAUUCCUUUCUCCCCGGAUAUUACACCUCCUUCUCAUAUGACUGUGCAACAUGGCGCUGUGACAAAAAUAUCGUCGUUAAUACCUCAGUUGCAAGAAGAAUAUGAUAUCAUUGGAACUUGUUCGCUGUGCUUAAAGCCAAUAAAUUCAAUCUCUGAAUUGCUUCGUUGUAGCGCCAGUGAAAUAUGCAAGUCUCAUUUUCACAUGCGAUGUUUGUCGAAACACGCUCUGAAUGCUGUUGAUGAAUACAGAAUUUUAUUGUUCCCUAUUCAAGGGCAAUGUCCCAAAUGUGGUAUUACUUACCUAUGGGGUGAGUUAAUCAGAGAUCAGCGAAUUUUGUUGGCAGUCAAUAAAUUCAAUUCAAACGGUGCAUUAUUCAACAUGAUACCUAGUGGUAAACUCAUUAAAAUGUAG